AUGGCUAUCGAAACCCCCCAAAGUCGGGUCGUAACAAACGUUCUGAGUGCGUUGAAAAGCAUCCGUGGUAUUGAUCUUCAUGAUGCUACGCACUUAUACUCAGUAAUAGCCGGACUUAAACCUUCCUUCUCCAGUCUCAGCCAAUUUUUGGGACAUGUGGAAAGUGAAUUGCAACAAAGAAGUCAUGUGGCAGAAGCAGAAGCUAUAGCCCACGUUGCUCAAUUAUGUACAACAGAUCCCGAGCUGGGCGGUCUUGGUAUCGCUGCAGAUGCCGUUGUCUGGACCCCAGAUCAUGCGCCGUCAGAUACGACCGCUGAAGCUGUAAAGAAAGAGGCCCUAUUGCAAGAGGUUGAGUUCCUGGUCGAAGCUUGGCUUUCUGCCAUCAGCUCCCGAGAAGAUGCUUCGCAGCAAGCGAGGCCAGUCCUACGAAAACGCCUCGGAACCCCGAGUGACGCUCGCCCAAUGACCCUGACAGAAAAGAUUAUGGUGUAUCACGCAUUUUCGCUGCCGUCUCCUCGGGGUGUCAAGCCGGGGGAUGUCGUGAGGGUGUCACUGGACUGGGUUAUUGCCAGCGAAGUCGCAUGGCUAGGCAUGCUUCACACCACCAGGAGCAUCGGACAGCAGCCACGCGCCUGGAGGAACGACCGAUUUUGGAUCACUGGCGAUCAUGCUGUCGACCCCCGCAAUUAUCAUCUAGAGAAGAGCCAAAUGCUCAGAAAGGAGUUGGAGACGGCCAAGCGGGAUCUGAAGAUGACAGAAAACCAGGGGUCUAACUACACGAUUCUCCAUACCGAGUUUGUGAGGGAGAGAGCGGAGCCUGGUAUGCUUGUCAUAGGGGCCGACUCUCACACCUGCUCUGGUGGUGCCGUCAGCUCUCUAGCCAUUGGCUUAGGAGCGGGUGACAAUAUGAUCGGUCUCGCAACCGGCCAGACCUGGUUCAAAGUGCCCGAGUCAAUCAGAGUUAACUUCACGGGCGAACCCGCCUGGUACAUCAAGGGCAAGGACGUCAUUCUCUCCAUUCUGAGAACGCUCCGUCGUAACACUGUCGCUGCCGACCGAGUUGUCGAGUUUGGAGGUCCGAGUGCGGAGUAUCUGUCUUGCGAUGCUCGCUUUGCCAUUUGCAACAUGUGCACAGAGCUAGGGGCAAUAACCGGUAUUUUCGUCCCAGACAAGGUGACGCGUGCCUUUGUAGAUGGCCGCAAGGCAAAGGUUUACAAAUCAAACUCGGUGUAUUUUGCCCCAGACGAAGACGCUGAAUACUCGGCCGUGUUUGAUAUCGAUCUCAGUCAUGUCGAGGCCAACAUUGCCAUCUAUCCGUCACCGGAUGAUGUUCACCCAGUUACGGAACGGUUGGGUAUGAAAUUCGACGGCUGCUUUAUAGGCGCAUGCACAACGACUGAGGAAGAUCUUGUUCUGGCUGCGCUGGUUCUUGAAGCUGGCCUGAAACGAGGCAUACCGAUAGUACCUGGCAAACGCCUUAUGGUUCCCGGAAGUCGACCAAUCGCCAGAAAUCUGAAACUUCUCGGCCUCAUGGAUAUUUAUGAAUCGGCUGGUUUCGAGCAACCUGCACCUGGUUGUAGUAUGUGCCUCGGUAUGGGGGCUGACGUCGCUGAAGAAGGGUCAAAUUGGCUGUCUUCACAAAACCGAAACUUCAGGAAUCGAAUGGGCAAAGGAUCCGUUGGCCACAUUUGCUCUGCUGCCACGGUGGCCGCCUCGUCCUUCAGCAUGACUCUUUCAGAUCCGACAAACCUAUUGCGAGAAGUCGAUGAAACCAGGUACAAUGAAUACCUGCAAAAAUGCAAAGCCUGGCGAAACAGACAAAACGUAGUGCCGCCAAAGAAACCUGUACAAAGUGGUUCUCAAGACAGCGACGUGGAAUACGUUGAGCCUGGGUUGAAGCCAGUCCAAGCCCAACAAACUAGAACACAAUCAAGCCCAAGGGCAACUGCAUCUGAGACAACAGGUGGAGGCCUUGAUAAUAUCAUCCAAGGCCAGAUUUUCAAAAUGGGGGAUUUUGUGGACACAGACGCGAUUAUUCCAGCACCCUUCUGUUCCAGCCCAACCGACGAAGCCUUGGGAUCGCAUUGCUUCGAAUACGUCUGCCCUGAAUUCCGUGAACAUGUUCGCAAAGGAUAUACUGUCGUUGUGGGCGGCAAGGCAUUCGGAUGCGGGUCUUCCAGAGAGGAAGCGGCCCGAGCCUUGAAAGGAAUCGGCGUUAGAUGCGUUAUCGCAAGAUCCUUCUCGUUCAUUUUUGGGCGGAACAUGCCUACAAUUGGCUUGGUUGGCUUUGUAAUCACGGAUGAAGACUUUUACCGCCUUGCAGACCAUGGUGCCAAGAUAGAGAUUGACGUUAAACGACGGUGCGCCACGGUGGGUGGGAGAGCAUUUUCGUUUCAACUUGAUGACAUGGAACUCAAGUUGGUUGAGAACCGAGGCCUCGCGGAGGCUUUUCGGCGGCACAACAAAGAUGUCUAUGAUGCUCUGUGCUCGGCUGGAGACACAUCCAGGGUGGUAAAAUCGCCAGAGUCUUUGGCAGACUUUUCCAAGCAGCACAAAACGGUGGAGGAGCUUGCUUGGUAG